AUGCUGGUCCAGGUGAAGAACAGCCAACAGCAGAAGUACGUGAAGUUGGAGGAGGUUGAGGGACAGUUUGACUUUCUGCAAUUCCAGGAAAAAGCAAAGAGGAAAAGAGAGACGAUCAGCUCAGAGGGGAGUAAGGAGGGAGCUAAGAGAAGGAGGACAGCAUCAAACAGCUCUCAAGCAGAGCUGCGCAAGGGGGAGGAUACCCCGGUCCAAAGGCAGAGCCCCAGAGCCAGCCGCGCCUGCUCGAAGAGUCGCCAGCACAAUCAAAAUGAGGGUGGCUCACAUAACACCGUUCCUUGCAAGUCCAAAAGAACUGCCAAGUCAUACAGCAGAGCUGACUUUGAGGACAAAUACGAGGAAAUGGAGCAGUUGGGUGAAGGAGGCUUUGGCGCCGUCUAUGCUGGCCGCCGCAAAGAGGACAAUUUACAGAUUAUUGAUGGGAACCUGCAGCGCUGCCCCCUGGAGGUGAUGCUGAUGGUGCUUGCAGGAGGUCAACCAGCAGCCAUCGGUAAGCAUUCAGCCGUGACUCUGGUGGACUGGUUUGAGGUGGAGCGAGACCUGGUCUUGGUGAUGGAGAGACCCGUCCCCUCUAUUGACCUCUUCUACUACCUCGAGACUGUGGGGGGCUCCCUGCAGGAGGAGGAGGCUAAGCCCUUCAUGAAGCAACUGGUGAGCAUGAUGGCAGAUGUUCAUGCCAGAGGAGUUCUCCACCGGGACCUCAAACUGGAGAACAUCCUGGUGGAGACUGGCACCGACACCCCACGUCUCAGGCUCAUCGACUUCGGUUGCGGCUGCCUCCUGAAAAAUGGACUCUACACGAGGUUCUUCGGCACCACCCUAUACACUCCACCAGAGUGGUUCAUGCGUGGUUGCUACAGAGCAGAUGCCUGCACUGUGUGGCAGCUGGGCGUGUUGCUGUACGAAAUUCUUUGUGGCGCGGCCCCAUUUAACACCAGAAGGGAAAUUAUCUCUGAGGAACCUGACAUCAGUGCCAAGCUGUCCCCAGGUUGUGAGGAUUUGCUGCAGAAGUGUCUGUCCAAGUGUCCCGUAGAACGACCCUCCUUGGAGGAGCUGCAGCGCCACCCCUGGCUGAACUGA